AUGUCCAAAAUCGCUCGACCUUCCUAUGGAACAGGCAUUGCUUCCCUAAAGAAAUCGCGCUUCUCAGCAUCAUCAUCAUCACCAUCCAAUAACGCGGAUGCGGUUACUCCCAAUAUCCCCACGCCUGGAGUCCAACGACGAUCGCUUAAAUCGUCCAAAUCCCUGACAUCAGCGGCUCCCACCCGGAGGACACGAUCCGCUGUAGCACGAUCCUCCUUGUCAUCCACGGAUGAUGUGAGCGAGUCGGAAGCUACCAGUCGGUUUUCAGGUGCAUCCAGAACCAGUACACCGCGAUCAUCUCUCAGUCGGUCCCCUACGGAGAAACAAUCGUCAUCAUCGGGUGGUCUGACGGUGGGUACGCGGGUAGCGGUCCCUAGUCUUAGUGUGGUUGGCACCUUACGUUUCGUUGGUGAAACCAAAUUUAAACCUGGCCUAUGGACAGGCAUUGAAUUGGAUUUUGCCACUGGAAAAAACGAUGGCAGCGUUCAGGGGGUUCGGUAUUUUACAUGUCCGGCCAACACGGGUUUAUUUGUAUUGGCCAGCAAAAUCACUCCCCUGACC